AACCGCGGAGCAGCGAGACGGAGGAGGAGAGGCUGAGUGCAGGGGACAGGCAUCCAGGAUCUCCCCCGAUCCAGUCCUACGCCGCGGCCGCCGCCGGUGCGCCGCCACCGUCGCCAUGGGAACCCCGCGAUCAUCGCUCCUGCUUUCACCGGGGGCCAUGUCGUGAUCCGUGGGCACCGCCAGCGGGUUUUCUCUCUCCGUGAUCCGAGGCGGAGGAGGAGGAGGAGGAGGGAGAGGAGGAGAGGAGGAGAGGAAGGUGGUGGCGGCACGGGAAGAUGUUCGCCUCGGCGGGCCCUCGGGGCGCCCCGGCCAUCCCGGAGCCGGACCUCAGCCAUCUGACGGAGGACGAGAGGAAGAUCAUCAUGGCUGUGCUGGCUCGCCAGAAAGAGGAGGAAGCCAAGGAGGAGGCCAUGUUAAAGGAAGAGAAGCCCAUUCAAGCAAGAACUGUCAACCUGGUUGGGCAGAAGAAACCGCCACAGCAAAAUGACGUCAGAGGAAUCCAGCAGCAGCUGUCCAGCUACAGGGAGACGGUGAUCCGGCAGGCGACGGCGGCGGCGGGCUCAGCCGUCCAUCGGGACGACGCUCCCACCUGUGGCAUCUGCCGUAAAACCAAGUUUGCAGAUGGCUGCGGGAACUUGUGUUCGUACUGCCAGACAAAGUUCUGCGCUCGCUGCGGUGGCCGAGUGUCUCUGCGAUCCAACACGGAGGACAAAGUGGUGAUCUGGGUGUGCAAUAAAUGCAGGAAGCAGCAGGAUAUCCUGACCAAGCCCGGAGACUGGUUCACCGGUUCGCCUGGGAAGCCCGCUGGCCUGGGUUCCGCCGUCAGCGAGCCGUCCGUGUGCCAAACAUCAGGGGAUAAGAAGCUGCGAUCUCUCUCUCAAGCACCCGCGGGAUCCAUCACUGCAAUCCAAGACCCCAGCCGACUGAGCGUGCCCGGGGCCGCGCCCGACGCUCGGUCGCUGAGCGAGCCGCCACGAGACCCGAGAAAUGGCCGAGGAGGUGGAGGAGCAGGGCGGGGGGAGCGGCGGCCGGGCCAGGCUCGGCUGCAGACCCAGGUCUCCGUGGAUCGGGACCUGCGGGGCGAGUCCAGGGAGCGCAGGGAGAGCCGGCGGUUGGCCAAGGGACGAUCUCUGGAGCACGACCCCGUGGGAGGAGGUGCACGGCGGACAGAAGAGGGGGCUCCUCCCCGACAAGCAGGGCCCCUCCCUGCUGGGGGCAGGGGCCACUCCGUGACCACCCAGGGUCGUGGGACGGGUGCGGGGGUGGGUGGGGUCCGGGACAGCACUCGGCCCGGACAGAGGACGGUGGGCGGGGCUGGGGGGCCGCAGCACAUGGCUACUCACCAAGCCCCACCUCCGGAACUCAGAGAACCUGCCGGCUCGGGCCCCGGCUCGGCCCUUGGCCAGGGGCCCGGGGCCAAGCGGACUAAGCGGGAGAAGGCUGAGAGCAUGCUGCGCAACGAUUCGCUGAGCUCCGAUCAGUCCGAAUCUCUACGGCCGCCUCCGCCGCGGCCCUACAAGUCGAAACGAGGGCCGGGGGCCGGAGGGAAGAGGCAAACCAGCGUCAGCAGCUCAGAGGAGGAGGGGGGCACCACGCCGGAGUACAGCAGCUGUGAGGACGCUGAGAUCGAGAGUGUCAGCGAGAGAGGCGACUGGGAGUGCUACCCCCACGACCCCACCGUAUGGCAUCAUCCUGUCACCUGGCAACCAUCCAAGGAGGGAGACCAUCUGAUAGGACAAAUCACCCUCAGCAAGAGGAGUGCCAGCAUGCCAAAAGAAGCUGGCGCGUUGCUCGGGUUGAAGGUGGUGGGAGGUCGGGUGACAGAGUCAGGGAGAUUAGGUGCCUUCAUCACAAAAGUCAAGAAGGGAAGCCUGGCAGACGUGGUGGGACAUCUCAGAGCAGGGGAUGAGGUUUUACAGUGGAACGGGAAGCUGUUACCAGGGGCGACGAUGAAGGAAGUCUAUAACAUCAUCCUGGAGUCUCAAGCUGAGCCUCAAGUGGAACUGGUUGUGUCCAGGCCUAUUGGGGUGUAUAGAAAAUAUCAUGAUAUCCCAAGAAUCCCCGACACGUCCCACCCUCCAUUAGAAUCUACAGGUUCCAGUUCUUUUGAGUCCCAGAAGAUGGAGAGACCAUCCUUAAAUGUCCUGUCUCCCUCCAGUCCUGGGAUGCUCCAAGAUGCUCCACAGUUAAUGCCAGGGCAACUCUCAGUGAAGCUGUGGUACGACAAAGUAGGUCACCAGCUGAUAGUCAACGUGCUUCAAGCUGUGGAGCUUCCUCUCCGGCCUGACGGGCGGCCCAGGAGCCCCUACGUGAAAAUGUACUUCCUCCCUGACCGCAGCGACAAGAGUAAACGAAGGACCAGAGCAGUGAAGAGGACCUGUGAGCCCAAGUGGAACCAGACAUUCGUCUACACUCACGUCCAUCGAAGGGAUUUUCGCAAUCACAUGCUGGAGCUGACCGUGUGGGACCAACCCCGGUCGCCCGAGGAGGACAGCACCUUCAUGGGGGAGAUCCUGAUCGAGCUGGAGACGGCCUUGCUUGACGACAAGCCUCACUGGUACCCGCUCCAAACCCACGAUGUCUCGUCUAUCCCGCUGCCCCGAGCCUCCCCGUACCUGCCACGACGCCACACACCGACCGACGCUCCGGGCAAGAAACUGCAGCCCGACGGCCGGGGCAGGGAGAGACAGCGGGAGCCCUCGUCCACCCUGGAGGUGCCCGAGCAGCAACGAGCGCCCUCCCACCACAUCCGUUCCCGCUCGGUGUCCCCGCACCGCGAGGAGCAGGGCCGCACCCGGUCCCGGGCCCCCAAUGUCCCUGCUCAGAGGAGUCUGGACGACGAGCUUCCUCACACUCGGCGUGCUCGUUCUCCGAGCCGCUACUAUGACGCUGGCAGAGGCCGCCACCAGGGGGAGGAGUACCUGGACGACAGGGGUCACCCACAAGGCGGUGCGUCUCUCUCGUCCUCGGCGACGUCCUCGUCAGCGCGCAGAACGAGGCAGCUCCCUCAGCUCCCGCCCCAGAGCAGCUCCGCAGAACAAGCCCUGGUAGCAGAGGAGCGCGUCCGGCAGCUCCAGAUGAGGGUUCAUUCUAACCGGGCUCCAGCUGCCACCACCUCCAGCCAUCAGGACCUGGACCGAGCCCUCAAGAACAAACGGGAGCUCUACAAGGACCAGAGGAGUAGUGAAAAUGUUUCCCACAAGUCCUCGGACAGUGAUGUCAGCGACGAGUCAGCCAUCUCUCGAACCAGCAGUGCCUCUCGUAUCAGUAGCACCAGCUACAUGUCCAUCCAGUCAGAGAGACACCGGGGACGAUUCAGUCGAGCCAUGCGUGCGUCUGGCCGCCACAUGAUGAAGAGCACCAGUGUGAGCGGCGAGAUCUACGGCAUGGACCACGCUGACGGCAGUCAGUCGGACACGGCGCUGGGGGGCCUGGGCACCGGGAUGAAGGGCCGGCGCUCCAGCCUGAGCCAGCGGGUCGUUGCCAUCCUGCCUUCCAGACGGAGUCGGAGUACCUCACUGCUCACCCAGACAGGGCCAACGGGUAAAGCGGCGGACAGAAAGAAAGAGACGUCGGGGGGUAAGAAGUCGGGGAAGUCGAGCGGCAGCAGCAUCCAGAGGAGCGUGGAGACGGGCAUGGCGGUGGAGUAUCCCCGCGGCGGCUCAGCCAUGAACCGGCAGGCCAGCAGGGAGUCCACCGACGGCAGCAUGAACAGCUACAGCUCUGAGGGGAAUUUGAUCUUCUCAGGGAUGCGUUUGGGGGCUGACAGUCAGUUCAGUGACUUUCUGGAUGGGUUGGGUCCCGGUCAGCUGGUUGGCCGGCAAACGCUGGCGACGCCUGCCAUGGGUGAUGUCCAGAUUGGGCUGAUGGAUAAGAAAGGUCAGCUGGAGGUGGAGGUGAUCCGGGCCCGAGGCCUUACUGCUAAACCAGGCUCCAAAUCCCUCCCAGCCCCCUACGUCAAGGUGUACCUGCUGGACAAUGGAUCAUGUAAAGCCAAAAAGAAAACCAAGAUUGCACGCAAGACCCUGGAGCCGCUCUACCAGCAGCACCUGCUCUUCGACGAGAGUCCCCAGGGAAAGGUGCUUCAGGUGAUAGUAUGGGGUGACUAUGGACGGUUGGACCACAAAUGUUUCAUGGGUGUAGCACAGAUCCUGCUGGAGGACCUGGACCUCUCAAGCACGGUGAUUGGCUGGUACAAACUGUUUCCACCAUCUUCACUGGUGGACCCCACAUUAGCUCCACUUACACGGCUGGCGUCUCAGACGUCACUGGACAGCUCAGGACCGCCACCGGGCGUCCGGUCCUAGUGACCGAAUGGCAACCGCCUCACCCCAGCACCCCUGACAUGAUCAAAUAAUGGACCACAGCUACUGGACCACAACUGAGCAGAGGGCGGUGUCACGCCCCGAGGACGGCGACGAGAAGCCCUCAGUCACCCACUGAAAACCCAGAUGGAGAGACAGGGACUGAGAGAGAGAAAUCAGAGAGGGAGAGACAGAACUAGCCAAUCAAAGCUUAGCUGGAGUCUGACAAUCACGUCUCACACCUUCCCUCUUCCUCCUUCUUCCACCACUUCUGUUUUCAAAGUGUUGCUUUCUUUCUUUUCUCCUCUGAGGUGCAGCUGUGGAGGGUUCUGUCAAUCAUUCAACCAAUUCUCUCCAUGAUUGCUUUAAUUUAUCCUUAAUUUCUCGUGCAGCCCCUUUGAGAGCACCUUAUCAAAGUGGAGUCCUUCACCUAGUUGCCCUCUACCCAAUCAGAGUGAGCUUACUGCUGGGCCAAAGGGAGUUAAGGAAGUGGCAAACUGUUGGAGCUUCAUGCAACCGUUUUUGCAGACGUCAUCUGCUGUUCCUACAGGUGUUGACAUGGUAACCAUGUCACAGAUGAUUAUAAAGAGCAGUUAGUUUGAUGCAGGCUGGUGAUCUUUAGGGAAGGGGAGACUGCAUGUGUAUAUGAAAGGAAGCACAAGAAGAGCUCAACUCCUUCAUUCGGACAAAACGGCUAAAACAUUUGUGUAUCAAAACACAGAGGAGAGGAAACGAGAGGCCAAAUGAAUCAUUAGCGUCUUCUUCUUCUUUAACGACCAUGUUUUACGUCCUUGGUUUCUUAGAGUUCAGGAAUGGCGCCACAAAGUGCAGACUCCCUCUGUGUAUGUGUGAGCUCGUUUUCCGAGCUGUGUCGUACCGAAGGCCGACGAAAUAAGUCGGGUCACAUUUGCUCGAACGCCCCGCCCCUUCCCUCCCUCCUGAACCCUCAAACACCCAACACCCCCUCCCCCAACCGCAACCCCGUCGGAGGGAGCAGCAUGACUCGGGGACACCCUCCCCCGGCCCCAAGCUGCAUGCACGUUUCUUUUGUUCUGUUCGUUUCGUUUCUGUUUUGUUCUCUACUUUUUUGUAAAAUUGAAAGACAAGACAAAUUAAGAAACAACUCACGAAAAAAAGAAAAAAAAAAUACAGAAAAAAGACUAGACUAUGUGUGUUAGUUCCACAUACUUUUAGGCCAGCUUGUAUGUUGCAUGUUCUUGUACAGUUUGCUCGUACUGAAUAUGAAUACAGAGAAAAAGCCAAGCCAUCCCCGCCCCUAACAGGAGCGGACCAAUAGCGGGGGAUCAACUCCACCCAGGCCACGCCUACCACUCUGGGUCUAAAUAUCCAUAUUAGAAAGUCUCCGAGAAAAUCGUCUUUGUUUCAAUUUUUUCUUCCAACCCUACGGACAACAGUGCUGUUCUGUAGUACUGAGCAUACUCGAGCCCCAGGCAUAUCUGAGGAUAUAGGCGUCUAAAUUGUAGUUUAAGACCGUUGGGGCUAGAGACAGAGAUAUAGAAUGUGUGUAUAACAGCUAAAUGUAUAUGAAGUAUCAUUAUGAGUUUGACAGAAAUUAUAAAGAUAGUUAUAUGAAUAUAAAAAGAGUGUAUCUGACUGCACACCCGUCACUUACACACACACGGAUACACUUGCACACCUUGUACAUACGAAUCAGGAUGAGCGACUUGAACAUAGUUAAGUUAUGAAUAAAUAAAACAUUGCUGACACACAAACAUUCCUGAUCAUGUUGAGGGAAAUCAGUUUCUGGCGUUUGAGCCGCUGAGCGGCACUGAGGAGAUAGGGGGCGCUAACAGGCCUUUAACUUGGACGCAGUUGCAGAAAAAGAAGCAGAACCAAUUGGAACAAAGUUUACUUUCUUCUCCUUAAAUCAUCCUUUUUCCUCUUUCUGACCAUGGUUUGGACUGGACUUCCAAAGCCAACACGAAAUCUGGUUUUGCAGACAUAUUUUGCAGAUGUUUUUGUUGAUCUUUGGCAGUGUGGCCGACUGCCUUUUCCUUUGUCAGUAUUACUUCAGCAAUACUGAUUGUUUACAGCCCAUGGCUCCCCACUCCCAAACCACGAUUCUUGACGAAAGACAAAGUAUUCACUGCAACAGUUCUUGUUUGUAUAACAGAUGUGGCUCUACUGAUGUGUAUGUUUUAUAUUCAAGAGUUCAUUUUUAUUAUUUAC